AUGAGUGACCGCAUGUCGGUAUCGUCCGGGACCACCGGCGUGGCCAGUAACCCGCCCAGUCAUCUUCCAUACCAGAACUACAAUUACAACACCGACUCAAACCCGGGUACCGCUGCUCACACUGUCCACCAACAACACCAACAACAGCCACAAAACUACUACAACCCACCCACAUACUUCUACCCCUCAAGCCACAUCCACAACCAACCGCUUUUGGCGCCCCAUCCUCUAUCCCACCAUCCGCACAUGCCCACGCCAUACAUGUCUUCCCCAGCACCACCACCACCUGUCCAGACAUCUCCCUCUCUGACAGCCACCCUCCUCGCCUCCUCGUCGCACCAACUCACCCUCGCAACAGAGCACCCAUUCCUCCGCCUCGCGGGCCAAGGCCAGCUCCCCGUGGCCACCCUCUCGCGCUGGCUGUCCCAAGACCGCCUCUACGCGCAAUCCUACAUCGGCUUCAUCGGGAGCCUCAUCGCCCGCGUCGACCUCCCUAACACUUACGUGGCCGACAAAUCGACCUCCCUCCGCUGGCGGCUCGUGCAGUGCCUGACCAGCGCGCUGCAGAACAUCCAUACGGAGCUGGCCUUUUUCGCGACCACAGCGGCCACGUACGGCUUGGACUUGGAGGCCCCCUCGCGUGGCCACAUGUUUGCCCCCGACCCCGCCACGAAGCAGUACAUGGACCUGUUCCGCGCGUUCUGGACGGAUCCCAGCAUGAGUCUCCUCGAGGGCAUGGUCGUCCUGUGGGCCACGGAGACGGUAUACCUGCGUGCGUGGACGUACGCGCGGUCGUUUUCGAACGAGGUCACGAGUUCAAGUGGUCUGAGGCAGCAGCAGAGGAUCGAAUUGGAGGACGGGGAGCGGGAGCGGGAGAUGGCCCGAAAGUCCAAGGCCUUUUCAGCCUUUUCCUCCUCCCUCUCCGACGGCGUCAUGUCCGAGCUGGAAGGCAGUGAGGUUGCCACAAACACGGCGUUGAGCGGGACGACGACGGGCGUUGCGAAUCAGAGCGACGCUGCCGACGACCACCAGCGCCACGGUCCCGCUCACUCGACGGAUCUCGACGGCGGGGCUCUACGCGACGCCUUCAUCCCCAAUUGGACGAGUCGCGAGUUUGAGGGCUUUGUGGCGGAGAUUGCAGAGUUGACGGACCUAUUAGCCGAACGGGAGGACGCUGUCAACAGAAAGUUGGACGUCUACAAGGCUGUGUGGAGGCAUGUGCUUGAUGUGGAGAGGCGGUUUUGGCCGGAUGUCGGUGUCGGUGUCGGUGGCGGGGUGGCGGAUUGA